ACUCUCCCUCAAGCGAGUGAACGAAGAGAGCGCCCUCCCCUCCCGAGCGCACGACCAGAUCCCGAGCGCGACGGCGGGUUCCUAGCCAGCCGCCACUAGUGCCGGCCCUCCGCCGGGGCGCGCCCAGCCGGCCAAAGCCUCCGCUGCCCCGCCCCGAUACAGGAUCCCAGCAGUGCCUCCCUCCGUCGAGCAGCCGCUCCCACAAGCAGCGCCUCCCUCCCCGGAGCAGCCGCUCUCGCCCAGCAACUCCGCCGCCCGGAGCAACUCCGGCGACCAUUCCAUAGGUAUCUGUAUUGGUGCAUUUAACGUCUCUCCACCAACCAGCAACUGCUUCGGCGCCCUCUCUUCUCCGAUGGAGCGGCCAGAGUGGAGCCUCUCUGACUUCGAGAUCGGCAAGUGCAUCGGCGAGGGCAAGUUCGGCAAGGUCUAUAUCGCCCGCGAGAAGCAGAGCGGCUAUGUGGUGGCGCUCAAGGUGACAUACAAGGACAAGCUGCAGAAGUACCGGUUCCACGCGCACCUGCGGCGGGAAAUCGAGAUCCAGCAUGGCCUCGACCAUCCCAACGUGCUCCGCCUCUUCGCCUGGUUCCACGACGCCGAGAGAGUCAUCCUUGUGCUCGAGUAUGCCGCCCGUGGAGAGCUCUACAAGGUCCUCCGCAGUGUCGGGCACUUCUCGGAGCGGACCGCCGCCACCUAUGUAGCAAGCCUUUCUGGUGCACUGGCAUACUGUCACAAGAAGCAGGUAAUUCACAGGGACAUCAAGCCGGAAAAUCUGCUCCUUGAUAUCGAGGGCCGACUUAAAAUUGCAGACUUUGGAUGGGCGGUUCGGUCAAAUGCUAAACGUCACACACUCUGUGGCACAAUAGAUUACCUGGCACCAGAGAUGGUAGAGAAAAAGGCUCAUGAUUACGCUGUUGACAACUGGACUAUAGGAAUCCUGUGCUAUGAGUUUUUGUAUGGCUCACCACCCUUUGAAGCUGAAGAACAGCAAGAUACUCUGAUGAGGAUAGUCAAAGUGGACUUGCUGUUCCCUAAAACUCAUGACAUAUCUGCAGAUGCCAAGGAUCUUAUUUGCAAGCUGCUAGUGAAGGAUUCAAGAAAGAGGAUUUCUCUCGAUGAUAUUUUGAAGCAUCCAUGGAUUGUAAAGAAUGCAGAACCUUCAGGGAGUUGCAUUGAGCAAAAAGCUAGUGCCUAAGCUCCUUGGGAAUCCACGGUAUUUCUCGCUGGUGGGAGCCGCCCUGGAAAUUGACGAAGCACUUCUUUUUGCAAAAUUUGGCAAAGUACUUGUCUGCCAAUAUGCAAAACAUAGAAGUCAACAGUUAGCAUGAUCUGUACUAGCUUGGCCUUUCUCCAGAGAGAUUCUUUCGACCUACUACUAAUGCCCGCUUAGGGGUGAAUCUGUGUUCUGGAAUCUGGAAUACUAUUUUCAGUGUAUGCCUGUAACUUCAGAGCUCUCGUUUCCAUUGCUGAAUAGCUAGAUUCUAUUGUUACUUCUCGUAAAA